CCAACCACUGUUGUUUUAAGACUUAGCGUACUGUAACAGAACAAAUGCAUUGUAAUGAAAAUAAGUAUAGUGCAUUAUAGAUAACAGCUUUAACUGGUACAAAAAGCCUUACAUGAAGUUUUCCGGUUUUUCAUACGGAAAUUCUAUAGUCUAAGUUUUGGGAAUGGAGUGAUUGUAAGUUGCUAUUGUGGGGGUCUUUCUGCUUCGAAACAGACACUCAGCCAGGAAAAGAAUAAAUACCAUGGCUGGUAACGGGACCUUCGAUUAUGACUACAAUGAACCUGAUGUUUUGGAUAAAUUACAUACGGAAGCAGAAGAAAUGAAUAAUUUAAUAUACAUGUACACAGGGAUGUACAGCAUCACCAUUCUCUUGGGAGUACCGUUAAAUAUUCUGGUCAUCAUCACUCUUUUCCGUAGAAUUGGGAAUUAUGAAGCUGCCAUCUGGCUCUUGGGCAUGGCCAUCUCAGACCUGAUCUUCUGCCUGUUCCUGCCAUUUCGCAUUUUCUCUGCCUGGGAAAACUUCACCUGGAGGUUUGGGUGGAUACUGUGCAAGCUGAAUUCAUUUGUGCCAUUCAUGUCCAUGCAUUCGACGGCCGUCGUUCUUAGCUUCAUGAGCCUGGAGCAGCUGUUCUUCAACAGAUUAUCUUGUACUAGCUGCAGGUUUAAUGCGUCAAAACUCAUGUUACUGAUUUCUUGGUUUGCUGCAGCUGUCCUGAGCUGCCCAUCCCUGGUGUACAGGGUAGUUCAGUACAAGAAUAACGGGGUGGUGUGCAUGGACAAUUAUGAGUAUGAAACCACCGGGCUGGUAACCUCAGAGGGGCUAAAGAGAAAAAGCGCUGUGCUGUACAUGCGAUUCAUCUUUGGAAUCAUACUUCCUGUAGCUUCAGCAGCCAUCUGUUGUUGCUUAUUGGUCUUGAGGAAGAACAGUUUCCAAAUUAAGUCAUCUGUGAAUUAUCACAUCACAAAGGCCCUGGUCAUUGGCCACUGCCUGUGCUGGCUGCCUUGUCUAUGUCUGCCACUCUGGCAGCACCACUCAACUACAGAAAUUUCUCCCAUUUUCGCAAUUAUCGUACCUGUUAGCAAUGCACUUGCAGCCAUGAGCGGGUGUAUCAAGCCUAUCAGCUACAUCAUUAUUGGCUUGCACUUUUGCCUUCCCUGGAUGAAGGAUGAUUGCACCACAACCCAGGAUGGGGAAAUUGAGAUAACUGAUCUAACUGAUUUAAAAUAAAACAAAUUUCUUUUCCUUUUUUUCUUACUGUUUGUGAAAGAAUCAAUAGGUUGAGGAACAUAUACACAUAUCAUGUGUUAUCUGCUGUAAUGUGCUAUUUUCUGUAUGCAUUAAUGGCCAAUGGCCUAGUUUAGGUACAGUACGCUUAUAGUUAAAGCAACCGUGCAUUUUCCAGUAUCUGAAGUAAAGCCGGAUGUCUUAAAGUCAAUAUAUUGAAACAAAUAUAUACUUUGUCAUGGUUUGCAUAAGUGCUUUGACUUCUUUGAGACAUACAGUUAGGUCCAUAUAUGUUUGGGCACUGAUUCAAGUUUUACUAUUUUACUUGUUUACUGAAAUAUAUUCCAAUUGAAGUUAUACAAUGGUCAUGGACAUAAAGUGCAGACUCUCAGAUUUCAUCUUAGGGUAUCCACAUUCAAACUGGAUGAAGGGUUUAGGAGUUUCAGCUCGUUAACAUGUGCCACCCUCUUUUUAAUGGGACCAAAAGUAAUUGGACAAUUCACUUAAAAGCUAUUUCAUGGACAAGUGUGGGCAAUUCCUUCGUUCUUUCAUUAUCAAUUAUGCAGAUAAAAGGCCUGGAGUUGAUCUGAGGUGUCUUGUUUGCAUGUGGAAGAUUGAGGUGUGAACAUACAGCAUGCGGUCAAAGUAACUCAGUAUGCAAGUGAAACAGGCCACCCUUAGGCUGCGAAAACAGGAAAAAACUAUUUGAGAAAUUGCCACAACAUUAGGAGUGGAAAAAUCCACAGUUUGGUAUAUCUUGAGAGAGAAAGAAAGCUGUAUAAGCCUUAAGAUAAAUAACAGAAAGGCUAGAUUGAACAUCUAAAAAAUGGCCUCAGUAAGAUGAAACCAAGAUCAACCUGUAUCAGAAUUAUGGAAAGAAUAAAGUAUGGAGAAGGGCUGGAACAGCUUAUGAUCCAAAGAACACUGCAUUACCUGUAAAACAUGGUGGAGGCAGUGUGAUGGCUUGGGCGUGCAUGGCUGCCAGUGGCUCUGGGUCUUUCGUGUUUCUUGAUGAUGUGACACAGGAUGGAAGCAGCCGAAUGAAUGCUGAGGUGUUCAGAGGCAUCAUGUCUGCUCAAAUCCAGCCAAAUUGAUUGGGCGGUGUUUCAAAAUACAGAUGGACUAUGACCCAAAACACACAGAAAAAGCAACGUAGGACUUUAUUAAAGCAAUAUAUGAGCCCCUGAAAGGAAGGGAUUGUGUAAAAAAAUUACUUUAGUUCCCCACAUUUUUAUGCAAUGUUUUUGUUCUACCCACUGAAUUAAAGCUGAAAGUCUGCACUGCAUCUGACUUGUUUCUUUUAAAAUUUAUUGUGGUGAUGUACAGAACUUAAAAUAUUUAUGGUCCUGACUGUAUAAGGGAGGGUGGUUGCAUGAAAAAGACCGAGAGUCUGGGACAUUAGGUGGAGGACGCUGCUGAGUCACUGCUGAGUCAAGCAUUACCACCAAAAAAGGACCUGGAAAAAGGACGUAUGACUCUGAAUGUAUACAAGAUGACAAGUCCUGUUUUUGACUGGCUAUUCUAGAUGUCCUCUGUGGUCAUUGUUCACAAGGUGAGGUGGUAGCUUUUAUUUACUUGUUUUUUCAUACCUAACCUAAUAAUGUACAUUCAGACAUCCAUCCAUCCAUUUUCCAAACCGCUUAUCCUACUGGGUCGCAGGGGGUCUGGAGCCUAUCCCGGAAGCACAUUCAGACAUUGUGCUGGUAAAUAUUACAAUGUCUUAACCUUUUAUGUUAAAAAAAACAUUAAUUAUUGUGUAAUAUUCUCUGAACAGAAGAUGCAAUUGUAUCCCAUCUGAUUGUGCAUUUCUUAUCUGUUCCAGUUAUGAGCUGAAAGCCAUUUAGCUUUGCUGACUUUUCAUUCUUGACAUUAUUAGCUGACCAGCUCCUAAUGAUCUUAGCAGCCUGUUAGGUUCAUAUUAAUUCAGAUUGUCUGCAAAGUAUGUAAACUGGGAAAAGACCAUUCAGUGAUUUGUAAAAACAAAGUAGAUUGUAAAGGCAGCUGGAAGCUAGUGUAAGGAGUGAAGGACUGGAGUAAUGUGUUUGCUCUUCUUUGCUCUAAUUAACAUUCUAGCAGCAGCAUGUGGGAUGAGCUGGAGCAGUCUUAAGGAUUUUUUGGGAAGUUCGUACAGGACAGAAUUAUAAUAAUCCAAGCGACUGAAGAUGAAGGAAUGAAUACGUUUUUUCAAGGUCAUACUUGGACAACAGGCCUCUGAUUUUAGAGAUGCCCAUAUGGAAGUUUUUUUUUUUUUAAAUAGCAUAUGACUCUUCUACAUUUUACCAUUCAAGCUUUUGAUAUGACAUUCAAAUAAACAAGAAACUAAUAUCAACUUAUUCUGUCAUUUGACUUAUGUGCUUUAUUGAUGUGAAAUACAUAUGAAAUGAAUGUACCAUCAAAUGUGUAAGUCAUGUACACUCAUGUACAAUCGAUAUUAAAUGCAUAUGUCAUUUGU